AUGUUGAAUUUCUCGAAUGCACCUACGGUGGCCAUGGCCGAAGACGAUGUGGCUGCGGAGGCCGAUGAGCCACCAGACGAUCACCUGUCAGCCCUGAAUCAAAUUUCAAAAACGUCCCAGUAUCCUAAAACGGGCCGCAUGCCGACUGGACCGCGCAGAGAAUCUCUGUUGACACGAGCCAUCAUGUCAGAUUCGCAGCCAGAAGAUCUCAUUCUGUCCGCCAACCCCAAAAUUGUCUCUCGUGGUCUCUCAACUGCGUCCUCGCAUAGCGCCACGAGCAUGGCUUCGACUGCAGAACUCACAAGCGAUGCAAGCCCAACCCGCUCGUGCACUCCGAGCCCGCCUCUGCCGAGUGGCUUCACCCACAUGACUCUGGGAAAACCCUUGGCAGCGAAAGCGCCUGCCGUUCCUGUUCCCGAACCGGCAAAGGUCGUCGAGGCCGAUGGUACGGAAGCUGCUGUGACGAAGACACUCGGUCGGAAGAGAUGUAUCAUGUUUGCAUGUGGCGGCUCUAAGACCCCAGAAGUGAAGACGCCUGAAGUCAAGGAGGAGAAGGCUCCGGAACCUCCGGUGAAGGUCGAACCUCCGAAGCGAAAGUGUGCUCUCACAUUUGUUUGUCCAUCACGACAAGAUGAACCAAAGCAGGCUCCAAUCCAGACGCAAGAGGCUCAGCGACUCCGCGCUGUAUCAGAACCAGUGCCCGCUGCCGUGGAGCCUCCUAAGGUGCACAUCGAGAAGCCGUCACCUCUCAAGAGCCCCCUGUCGCCUCAGACAUUCCAGGAGUUUGGCAGCUCUCACGACGAGACUGACACAUGGGUCGACAACGUCGCACAGCACCCCAGGAAGCUGACGCUGACCGACUGCAUGCAGAAGGAAAACGUCAUUCGCAAGCUCGGUGAAGAGGCCGAAGAAGAGGCCGAGGAUGAGGCAUUGGCCGAGCAAGAAGACGCCGAGAACGAGGACGAAGAACAAGCUCAGGUGGACGACUUCGCGCCUUCAGACGAUGGCAAUGAAUCUGACGAUGAGGGUGGCUUUGCAGAGUCUGAUGACGAAAGCGACGCUGGCUCCGAUUACCACUUCUGGGCACCUGCUCUUUCGACCACGACGGCGGCCACCAGUACCGAGAAUCUUAGCCACAUCAGCACCCGUGGUCGUUCGCGUGCAAGCUCAUUGGAGUCUCUCGGCCACUCCGACGCCCUGCCCAAAGCCACCGAGCGGCCAAUCUACGGCAAGAAACGUUCCACCAAGGUCAACCGGAUGCGACCAAGCACACCAGAGCUUCCCGAUAGUACAGAUUUCGUUUGUGGCACUCUUGACGAAGACCGACCAUUGGAGGCUGCUUACAAGUCCUGCAUAGAGCAGCGCAAACGCCAAAAGCAAGUCAUCAUUCCACAAGACAUUGAUCCAAGCUUCCCGACGACCGAUCCUGAGGACGAGGACGAUGAAGAGGAAGACAACGAUGAGUCCCCGGGUGCGAGCGGGCCGAUGUGGUUGAAGGACCAGUUCGCAGAUUUCGACGUCUCUGCUCGGUCCAAGACACCUACUGCCAUCAAGUCUUCUACACCACCAUCGCCACGUAACGAGUUUCCUUUCCCUCGUCCGGCGAUGGUUCGGCGUACAACAAACCCCCGGUCACCUCCACCUCCUACGCGUCGCGCUCGCUCGCCGCCGCCCAAGCACUUGUUGUUCCACCAUGGCGCAAAUUCUCCUCCUCGUCGCAUGAGAUCACCCGCACCUACUCGACUGCGGUCACCGCCGGCGUCACCCAUGACCACUAUUUCAUUUGCUCCUCGCAUGGAUCUCGCUCAGCGUCCCUUGGCCACUCGUGGUCGCCGUGAGCGGACUGCGUCACUGCCACGAACACCCAACCCAUUCUUCAAGCAUUUCAACGUCGGAAGUCCUAGCAUGUCCAACGUUGCUUCUGGGGCUGUGACGCCUGCUGUCGAAGACGGUCAACGUCUCGACAUGCAUGUGCGUGGUCCAGUAGACAUCAAGAUGGGCUUGGAGCGCAAGCGACAGAAACGCAAGGAGAAGUUCUGGCGUCAGCAUUGCCAUAAGGCUGCGAAGGAGCAAUCUGAACGUAAACCUGUGCCUGGUCGCGGAGCCGAGCGCAUGCGGGAGCUCGGUCUCCAAUGCCAUGAGCGCAAGCUGGGCUAUGGCGUUCCUGGCCAGGGCACCGCACAAGUCGUCAUCUCGAUGUAA